AUGGCCAGCUCCACCGGGCGCAAGCUCAAGAUCCUCAUGGCCCAUGGCUACACGUCCAACUCGUUCAUCUUCUCCAAGCGCUCCGGCGCAAUCCGCAGGGCCUGCCGCGACGUCGCAGACUUUACCUUUAUCAACGGGCCCCUCCUCGUACAGCCCAUCACAGACGUCUCCGCCAUCGACGUCGACGCCCCCGAGGGCUCCCAGGGCCAAACAAUCGACGAAAACACCCCCAUCGAGGAACAGCCCCGCGCAUGGUGGAGGACCAACGACGACGGCGUCUACCUAGACUGGGACGUAUCCGUGCGCUACCUCAACGAGGUCCUCGAAAAAGAGGGCCCCUUUGACGCCGUAUGGGGUUUCAGCCAGGGCGGAUGCCUCGCCGGCCUCCUCGCCGCCGCCUUUGAGCACCCGGAAAAGGUGCCCGGCCUCCGCCUCCCCGCCAACCAGGGCCCCUUCCGCUUCGCCAUCGCCGUAUCCGGCUUCCGCAGCAGGGACCCCGUCCACCAGGCGCUCUUCGAAAAGCCCGUACAGACCCCCGUCCUGCACGUUCUCGGAAGAGCCGACCACAUCGUCGACCUUGAGCGAUCCCAGUCCCUCGUCGACAUCUGCGCCAACUCCCGCGUCGAGCUCCACGACGGCGGCCACGCCCUACCCUCGCAAGCGCCGUGGCGCAACUUCUUCCGCGACUUUGUCUCGACCUUCGCCUCGGAUCCCUAUGUGCCCAACGACGCCUGGCGCACCGUCGCUGGACCCUCGGACCGACCGCGUGGCGAGACGCCGGGCACCAGCGCCGCCGCCACCCCGCUCGCCUCGGGCACCACCACCCCCGUGACCUCCCAGGACCCCGCAGGUGAGCAGGCGUCCGCCGGACAGCUGGCAGCGGCGGCGGCGGCAGGUGGAGCGACCGCGGCAAAGACGCAGAAGCGCGACGUCGACCCGUCCAAUCCAGGCAGGACGGUGCCGAGUAAGAAGUCCAACCAGCCCUUCUUGGCUCAUCAGCGAUGGCUGGAGGCCAAGGCGGCUGAGCGAGCCAAGGCCGGCCUGCCGCCCGUCGCGCAGGAGCCUAGGCGGCAGCAGAGCGCCGACGCCGCCCAACCUGGAGCGGCAGGCGCGCUGCUGUCGACCAUCAAGAUGGCGCUAUUGGGCCUCGUGAUUGCGGCGGCCGUCGGUCAGUUUAUCGCCGGUGACGUCUUGUGGGGCUACCGCGGCAAGUGGGUCAAGUGGAAGACGUACUUUCCGCAACGUGAGAGGAUCUUUUCGCAGCCGGAGCUGGCGCUGUACAACGGCCGGGAUCCCAGCAAGCCGGUCUACAUUGCGAUCCUGGGCGACGUGUACGACGUCACGCCGUCGCGGCACAUUUACGGACCGGGCGGCAGCUAUUCGUUCUUCAGCGGCAUCGACGCAUCGCGGGCGUAUGUGACGGGAUGCUUCCAGGAGCACCUGACGCACGACGUCCGUGGCCUCGACGAUUCGCAGAUGAAGGCGCUGCUCGGAUGGAAGUCGUUCUACGACAAGAGCGACAAGUACGACAAGGUGGGCCGGGUCGUGUUGCCGCAGCUGGGCGACGACGUGCCCAUCCCGGAGAUGUGCGAGAGCGCGACGCCGCAGCAGUCCUAG